AAGAAGUUUCAGAGUUCUCAUCGCCUUCCCAAGCUCUGCUUAGAAAUCGACGACACAUUUUACGCACGGCAAUCAUCCUAUCCAAAAUUCGACCCUGUGCGUCAGGGGCUUAUAGUGAGAGUGCCCGAAAUGUUAUAGCUCUGCUUAGCUAUUUAUAGUGAAUUUCUAAAUAGGACGCUUGAGAUCGCGUCCUCUGCUGUGUGGGAGUAGGCGGUUACUUUAGUUUUAGGAUUUCAGGCUACGGCUUCACAUGGGGGUUGGCGCUUGGCGUUACGCUUGUGGGGCGCAGCAAUGAUGUCAUUUUAAAAGUUAACCCACUCCCCCAACUCGAGGCUCUGAUUUCUUCAUAACAUUUCAAUUUUCUGCUGAAGUUUCCCCACAUCCCGUACCCUACGGAUUCUUCUUGUCGAAGGUAGAACACAGGCCAUAAAAAGCUACAGGGGAAAACCUUCUCCAUUCAGACGACGCGGGAUUUUAACCGAGUAGCCCCGUCGAACGGGCAAAACUGUUAACUUUUCGAAAAGAGACAGAGAGAGCAAAAUGAGUCGGAUUAUCGCUAACAAGUCGCAAUCCUUACGACAGUUGGAUUGCAACGCCGUUGAAGUCAAGAGUAAGUAUGGCGCGGAGUUCCGGCGCUUCUCGGUGGACCGUGUGAAGCCGGGCAAGUUCGAGGAGUUCUACCGGCUCAUCAUGCACGUGCACCGCAUCGCCAACAUGGAGGUGAUGAUCGGCUACGCCGACGUGCACGGAGACCUGCUGCCCAUCAACAACGACGACAACUUCUGCAAGGCCGUCACCUCCGCACACCCCCUCCUCCGCGUCUUCAUCCAGAAGCAAGAAGAGGUGGACUACAGCAACUUCGGCAACAGCACGCUGACGCGUAAGAAGAAGGCGGUGGUGACGCUGCGUAACGACCUGAACCUCCGCGCUGCCAAGCGACCACAGAUCCGCAUCGGAAUGCCGCAGGACUUCCGUCCCGUCUCCUCCAUCAUCGACGUGGACCUGCUGCCCGAGUCGCAUCGCCGCGUCCGCCUCUACCGCCACGGCUCCGACAAGCCACUUGGAUUCUACAUCCGUGACGGGACCAGCGUCCGCGUCACGCCCCACGGACUGGAGAAGGUGCCGGGUAUCUUCAUCUCGCGGCUGGUGCCGGGCGGCCUGGCUGAGAGCACGGGGCUGCUGGCGGUGAACGAUGAGGUGCUGGAGGUCAACGGCAUCGAGGUGACCGGCAAGACCCUGGACCAGGUGACGGACAUGAUGAUCGCCAACAGCCACAACCUCAUCGUGACGGUGAAGCCGGUGAACCAGCGUAACAACGUGGUGCGUGCGAGUCGCAUCUCGGGCAGCUCGGGCCAAAGCACCGACAGCAGUGCCAGCGCCGGCUCCCUGGGGGGCUACCCCGCCCUGUUGCCCGGCAACCAUCACCACGGCAGCGGCGCCGCGUCCUCGCCUGUCAUCAGCGGCGGCGGUGGCAGUACACGCGGCAGCUACGGCUUGGACGACCUGGAGAGCGACGAGGAGUCGGACAUCGUGAUCGAGAGCAGCAUCAAGCGGCCGUCGAGACGCUCCAACGCCUCCGUUAAGUCUGUCACGUCCGUCACGUCCGUCACGUCCAACGCCUCCACGCGUCUACAUCACCACCAGAAGCAGCAGCAGCAGCCUCAGCCCACCUCCACCCAGCUCUCGUACACGCCCCACAGCUCAGCCCCACCACCCUCCUCGCACGCACCGGCCGUACCCCCACCCCCUCCCCCUCCCCCUCCCCCGCCCAGCAGCAACCCGCCCAACCCCCCCUCGCGGCCCCUCUCGCGCCCCCCCUCCGUCAUCUCCACGGCCUCCUUCCACUCGCAGCCCAGCCUCAACGGCACGGCGCACGCCGCCAGCCUCGGCUACCAGCUGCAGCGCGAACUCAGCCUGCAGGGCCACGGCCAACACCACCAGGGCUACCAACACCAACACAGCCACAGCCACAGCCACAGCUACAGCCACUACGCCACCCCCAGCCAUGCCCAGGCCACGCCCAUGCCCGCCAUGCCAGGCCUGCGCCACAGCAGCGGUAGCCUGCACAAGAUCCUGAGCUCGCUGCGCACGGAUCCGCGCCACAGCCUGGCGCUGCCCAAGGGCGGGGUGGAGGAGGACGGCACCGUCAUCACACUAUAAUAAGGGCUCGCUAGACCAGGACGUCCGUUUCUCGAUUCUUGUCGUUGCUAACAGUCUUAAGACCGUCUUAAGACCGUCUUAAGACCGUCUUACCGUUCCCUUGGAUUUAGUGGUGAGCGUCGCUGUCGAGAGAGAGUUGAGUCGCUCUUACGAAGGACUUUGCUAACGACGAUAGCAAAGACGCUUUCGAGAAACGGACCCCAGGACCGUAGAACUGGUGGAGGUGGGGGUGGGGGUGUUGCCUCUCCUUCACCACUCCUCUACAAGUGACUGACUGUGAGUGUUAGUGUGAUUUUCUUUUCUGUCUGUCUGUCUGUUUAUUUGUCUGUCUGUCUGUCUCGCUCUCUCUUUUUUGUACAUGCAGCCAUAAACACAAUGGCAUACAUGCGUACACACACACACACACACACACACACACACACACACACACACACACACACACACACACACACACACAUACACACACACACACACACACACACACACACACACAAACACUCCCCUAAUAUCCCAGAGACUGUUGCAAGAUCAUGUUGCUGUAGCUGGGAACUUUCUCGAUACAAUUCCAAAUACAACAAUGGGAGAAAAAAAAUAUUUUU